AUGGCGAGAGUCGCAACACUGGUUACUGUCGCAACUGCGCGACCAAAGCCUUGGUUCUUAGGGAUCUUCCACACUCUAGAAGGUCAAGAGCGUCGCAGCGGUGCCUGCGCAUAUCGCGUAUUCCGAUCCAAGGUAUUGGCGGAAUGUGUGGUGGAGAUGGGUGCGACGAGUUAUGACUGGACACCGAGCGAUCCGUGCACGCCGGACGUAGGCCUCGAGUGUAACCCCGACGGAACACUCAAGUCCAUUGACUUCUCCGGUUCUGAUCUGGGAGGAAGCAUCUGCUCCACUAUAGGCAACCUCAGUACACUGGUUUCCCUCAAUCUGGGCUACAACUCGUUGUCAGGCCCCAUCCCUGCGAGCAUUGGUCAGCUUCCACUGCUGCAGACACUCGAUCUGAGCUACAACUUGUUGUCAGGCCCCAUCCCUGCGAGCGUAGGGCGGCUUUCCAUGCUGCAGAAACUCGAUCUAUCAUACAACGGCCUACAGGAUUCAUUGCCUUCCACCAUCGGCUCUUUAUCCAGCCUUCAAAUCCUCGAUCUACUUAACAACUAUUUUAAUGGAACGUUACCCGCGUCUCUGGGUGCUCUCACUGAUCUGCAAAUUCUCGACCUUGGGAACAACUCCUUCUCUGGAAGCUUCCCAACUGCCGUGUCAAAGCUAACUCAGCUCUCGUUCCUGUCGCUCUUUUACAACAACUUCGAAGGAUCUGUCCCCUCGUCCAUCUCUCGCCUCUCGAAGCUCCAAGCGCUGAAUCUAGGCGCAAACGAAAACUUGGAGGGGGAAAUCCUUCCAGCAGUGGCAACCCUCCGCAACUUGGUUGUCGUUGACCUUGCAUACAACACAUUCUCCGGUUCCAUCCCUACAGAGUUCGGCAAGCUCACCAACUUGCAGACUGUUGUUCUUCUAGACAACGAGUUCACAGGCAGCAUACCACAAACCCUCGCCGCACUCAAGAAACUCAAUCACAUUGACUUCGCCCGCAACAUAUUCCGAGGCACCAUCCCUUCAUUCUUCGCCACCCUCACCAAACUCGACAUGCUGCACUUUGACAAUAACCAGUUCUCCGGAGAAAUUCCUUCCCAAUUGGGAAGCCUCACAAAUCUCACAUACCUGGGUUUCGCCACCAAUGCUCUCUCGGGCACUGUUCCUCCCACCCUCGGGAAUCUCCUUCUCCUCACGGAGCUAGAGCUCAACGAGAGUGGCACGGUGUGCCCAGGAGCCGGCCAGCCAUGCGUGGUGCCGCAAACCCCCUCCUCGCAGUUCUGCCUUUCAUGCCCCGACUUCUGCUCCUCCUGCUCUCCUAGUGCUGAUGCUGGGCCAUCCCUUCCUCCUGCCACUAGCGCUUUUUCUCCUCUUUCCACGGAUACAAACACGCCUCCCUCCUCCUCUUCCUCCCCGUCCUUUGUCCGGGCUGCCUCUGGGAGCUAUCAUCAGCAUUUCUGUGGGGUUUGGGGUGUACUCGUAAUUGCCCUUCUUGUUAUUGGCCUGGCCUGUUGA